AUGGGAGUCCAUGGAUUAUGGGGAAUACUCUCAUCUGUCCAAGAAUACCGCCCCUUAUCCAAAAUUGGCUGCGAUUCUGUUGCUGUUGAUCUCAGUAUAUGGAUUUGUGGAGAUAAGUCAAUUGGACCCUUACCUGCACUACAUUUAAGGAAUUUGUUUUUCCGGUUAGUGGGUCUGUUACGUCAAAAUACCCUGCCUGUCGCAGUUUUGGAUGGUGUCGCUCCGUCACUAAAAUCGGAUGUUAUGGAACAAAGACAACAAAAAUGGACAGGGAAGAUCACAACUCAGAAAUGUACGAAACCAAAUCGUAGUAGAAUACGGUUCUCAAAAAUAUCUCAAGAAUGCAUUCAACUACUUAAUUCAUUUGGCAUUCCAUGGGUCCAGAGUCCUGGAGAAGCGGAAGCUAUGUGUGCAUUCCUUAACUCAAGUAAACUAGUGGACGCUUGUAUCACAAAUGAUGGUGACGCUUUUUUGUAUGGUGCUGAGACAGUUUAUCGUCAUUUCUCUAUGGAUAGUCGGGACUCCAGUGUUUGUGUUUUUCACAUGCAUCGUAUACGCAACGUACUGAAUUUGACGAAAUGUGAUUUAGUUCUACUUGGCAUUUUGUUGGGUUGUGAUUAUUGGGCAAGUGGUGUCUCUCGUUUAGGUCCAGUUGGAGCUUUACGUUUGAUUGCAUCCUUGAAAUCUCCAAAUCUGCAUGUAGAUGAGCAUUUCCUCAUUAAAUUUUUGACUUGGUUAACAAGUACUUGUCCACAAAAUUGCGAAGAUUUCAAUCUCAAUCCAUUUGAUCUUCGUGUAUGUCCAAGUGUUAUAAAAAUGUGGCUGCGUGUUGGCGUAGAAUUAAAGAAUUGUCCGUACGAAGAAAUAUUUGCAGAAUUCUUAACUAGUUUUGAAAAUCGUAAUUGGAUCUUACCCAAACAGGAAUCUGUUUGUCAGUGGAAACGACCAGAUCCAAGAAAAGCUGUAUCUUUUUGUCAAAUUCAUUUAAAUUGGGAUCCAGCCUAUACUCUUCAACAUUUUUUACCAGUUAUGGCAUUAUGGGAUUUAAGACAUCCUCAAAUUUAUAAUUCACCUUCAUAUAUCAAGUCGUUAAUUGAUUAUCAAAUUGAUGAUUCUGUUAUUUUGAAACCUUUAAGGAUAGUAAAGAAACGCAUAGUUAAUUAUGUAGACUCUUACGAAGUCGAGUGGGAAAGAUUGGGAUUCGACAAAUGGUCCGGACAAAAAAAUAUUCUGCAUCCCAAUGAUGAAAAUGUUCAGAAUAUGAAUACUUCUGAUAAUUGCAAUUAUUAUUUUUCUGUACCACAAGUAGAAUUUCGUAGAGCUCAUAGUGAAAUUUGUUCGGUGUUCGAAAAUUCCACGCGUCAAAUUCUAAUUGGGAAGAAAAAAACAAAGUCGAAGUUGUCUAAAAUUGACAAAAAUCAACUUAUGUUAGAUGAAGCAUUCAAGGGUUUAAGUAUAUCAACUAAAAAAGGAAAUAAGAGUGAGUCAGAAAAAGACAAAAGUCCUAAUAUUUUGACUUCGCUUACUAAUCUCAUUAAGCAUCCAGUGUGGGAGUCAGACAAUUCAAGCAUUGAUGAAAAUGAAUAUGUUGAUUACAUUAAUGAUGUAAACAGAAAUCACAAGCAUAUGUUGCCUGAAUCCAUCAUUUCCGAAAUGAAUAUUGGUUAUAGUAGUGAUAUUGAAGCGUACAAUCACACUGGUCGCGAAUCGCCAUCACCGUCUCUCUCCGCUGUAUGCACAUUUUCAUCUCCAUCGAGUAGUGAAUUGAAAUCUACAUUUUCUAACUUGACCAAACGCUCAUCUUCAUUGUCUAAUUUAUUUAAUAACCCACGUUUACAAUUGCAAACUUCUCUUCUAUCCAAUUCUUUUGUAUCUGAAAGGAAAAUCUCACAUUCCAAUCUUUUGUCACCAUCAAUCUUCUCUAGUUGUUCUUCUUCUUGUUCAACUGACAAAGAAGAUGAUAUAAUUACUGGUCAUAGUGUUUCACGAAUAAUUGAAAAAUUCCGUACACCUAAAACAUUAAAAGAUCGGUUAGGUGUUGUAAAUUAUUUCUAA